UAGGCGAGCGCUCCCGGUCCCCGCGCCCCCAGCCGGCCCCAACGGCCGCCCAGUCCCGCGGGCGCCAUGAGGAGCCCGCGCCGCGCCCCGCUCCUGCUGCUGCUGCUGCUGCCACUGCUGCUGCUCACACCCCGCUCCGGGGACGCCGCGGUGAUCACUGGGGCCUGCGAAAAGGACCCCCAGUGUGGUGGAGGCAUGUGCUGUGCUGUUAGUAUCUGGGUUAAGAGCAUAAGAAUUUGCACACCUAUGGGCAAACUGGGAGACAGCUGCCAUCCGCUGACUCGUAAAAACCAAUUUGGAAAGGGAAGGCAGGAAAGAAGAAAGAGGAAGAGAAGAAAAAGGAAAAAGGAGGUUCCGUUUUUCGGGCGGAGAAUGCACCACACCUGUCCAUGUCUGCCAGGCUUGGCCUGUUUACGGACUUCAUUUAACCGAUACAUUUGUUUAGCCCGAAAGUGAUCAUGUCAGAGUAGAAACUUUGAGUGUGAAUAGCCACGUUGAUGUCUGUAAAAUCUCCCUUGUGAUUGUGCCAAACAAAUAUUUAAUAAUA